UCGGCGAACAGCUCUGAGGGAGGGCAGCAGAACCAGACGAGGGGUCGGAAUCUCAGUGGAUCAGAGCCUGGGACCUGUCUGGAGAGGGGCGCGAGGAAACAGCUGAGCAGGGGACUCCAGAGGACCUGUGAGAGAGAGAAGGAGCUGCAGGAUCUGAGACAGGCUGUGCAGUCACUCAAGAAGGUCGCCAUGGGAACCAGCCACACCAAAGAGAAGUGGGACUGCAACCAGUACCUGAGCGGGAAAGGUCCGAUUCUGCCCGAGGCCUCUGGGAGCGCACCCUCUGCAGACCAGGCCAGCGUUGGCAGGAGAGGAGGGUCUGUUAAGCAGGAGGAGGGGGUCGUGGGAGACCAGCCUGACGGGCAAAUGAAAUGGGUGUCCCUUCCCCGCUGCCUGCCCUGCUACCCGCACUGCGGGACCAUCGAGAUCGAGUACUGCAUCGCUGACGGGAUACAGCAGACGCAGCACCCGAAGCCGGGCAGGCCGUUCACGGGGCUGCGCGCGGUGGCCUACCUCCCCGACGACGCCGAGGGGGCCUGGCUGCUGCAGCUGCUCGUCCGCGCCUUCGAGCGGCGGCUGGUCUUCACCGUGGCGACGGGCGCGGACGGCUCGGAGGCCGUCGCCUGGGCCGACAUCCCUCACUGCAGCGGCUUCAGUAACCCAGACCCACACUACCUGAAGACACUGAAGCAGGUCCUGAAAUCCAAGGGCAUUGAAUGACGUGAAAAACGGACAGAUAUACGGAUGGAUGGACAGACAGACAGACAGACAGACAGACAGGCUCAGAUGGACUUGCUUAAAGAGCUUUGGGUGAAUGGACAGAGGGUUGCAGAGGGCUGGGAAAAAAAAAAUAUAUAUAUAUAAUGUAUAUACAUUUUCUUCUUUUUAAUGUUCAGCUGAAACAGUUGCAGUUUACAUUUUGACCACUGGAAAAUAACAUUUUAUUUCUUUAUUGCUGGGUGCCUCUGUAUAUGCAGUCAAACGGUUGCUCGUUUACAGUUUACAGUGCUUGAUUAUGACUGAGGAGUGAUCCCCAGUGUCUGGCCGAAACACUGCGGAUGUGAAUUGUGUAAAAAACGUGACGGACGUUAAAGACGUCUGAGAGGAGCGGAUGAGGACUGCGCUAACCUGUGAGGUCAGAGGUCAAAGGUCAAAGACACCGGCCCGGCUCUGAAUGUUUCGUUUCUGACGGGUCUCUUCGCGAGCACCGUGUGUAAAACCUCUUGACCGCCAUUAAAGGAACCCCUUCCGUGUGC